GCACCGGCCCCGGAGCCCGGUCCGCGAGCGGCGGCGACGGCGGCCGGAGGGACCAUGAGCGGCGCUGCGCGGGCGGGCCCGGCCCGGCUCGCGGCGCUGGCCCUGCUGACCUGCAGCCUGUGGCCGACGCGAGCGGACAACGCGAGCCAGGAGUACUACACGGCGCUCAUCAACGUGACGGUGCAGGAGCCCGGCCGCGGCACCCCGCUCACGUUCCGCAUCGACCGCGGGCGCUACGGGCUCGACUCACCCAAGGCCGAGGUCCGCGGCCAGGUGCUGGCACCACUGCCCAUCCACGGAGUUGCUGAUCAUCUGGGCUGUGAUCCUCAGACACGGUUCUUUGUUCCUCCUAAUAUCAAACAGUGGAUAGCCUUGCUACAAAGAGGAAAUUGCACCUUUAAAGAGAAAAUAUCACGGGCUGCUUUUCACAAUGCGGUUGCUGUAGUCAUCUACAAUAAUAAAUCCAAAGAGGAGCCGGUCACCAUGACUCAUCCAGGCACUGGAGAUAUUAUUGCUGUCAUGAUAACAGAAUUGAGGGGUAAGGAUAUUUUGAGUUAUCUGGAAAAAAACAUCUCUGUACAAAUGACAAUAGCUGUUGGAACUCGAAUGCCGCCAAGGAACUUCAGCCGUGGUUCUCUACUCUUCGUGACAAUAUCCUUUAUUGUUUUGAUGAUUAUUUCUUCAGCAUGGCUCAUAUUCUACUUCAUCCAGAAGAUCAGGUACACAAAUGCUCGCGACAGGAACCAGCGUCGUCUUGGAGAUGCAGCCAAGAAAGCCAUCAGUAAAUUGACAACUAGAACGGUGAAAAAGGGCGAUAAGGAAACAGACCCAGACUUCGAUCACUGUGCAGUCUGCAUAGAGAGCUAUAAGCAGAAUGAUGUUGUUCGGGUACUCCCCUGCAAGCAUGUUUUCCACAAAUCCUGUGUGGAUCCCUGGCUUGGUGAACACUGUACCUGUCCUAUGUGCAAACUUAAUAUUUUGAAAGCCCUAGGAAUUGUGCCAAAUCUGCCAUGUACUGAUAAUGUGGCAUUUGAUAUGGAAAGGCUCACCAGAACCCAAGCAGUUAACCGAAGAUCAGCCCUCGGAGACCUUGCCAGUGACAGUUCCCUUGGCCUUGAGCCACUGAGAACUUCGGGGAUAUCGCCUCUUCCUCAAGAUGGAGAGCUCACUCCUCGAACGGGUGAAAUCAACAUUGCAGUAACAAGUGGGCAUGUCUUUCACCGGAAUUCCCUGUCACCUCGUAGCCUGGUGUAUGAAAGUGAAUUCUCCACAAUUGAACCUUCUUUGGACAUACAUGGUUCUGAGGGCCCUAAAAUGGCCCUGUGGAAGCUUCUCCUCCCUUGAUGGUCCUCCUGAAGUUCGCCUAGGCUCAAUAUACUUUUCUCCCUGCUUUCUUCACUCUGGCUUGGGGAAGGAAGAAGAAACCCAUGGCAGAUGCCGGAAAAGCCUUUGAACUCUGUGCAACCCAACCAUUGAGAUUCUGGGAGGAUUCCUUGCCUCCAGAGUAGCUUGGGCCUCCUCCCUGGGAUCCAUCAGGGUCCUCCUAUUGACUCUUUAAGACAGGCUUAAGGUGGCCAGAACCCCAUUCUACAUUCUAAAAGUAUAAUCUUUCUCAGAAGCAUUGCCAGUGGCUGGAGCUGAAGGUGGAGCCCUCACUCAGCCAUUAGCACCUUCACACGUGUACUUAUCCCCUCCUGAGGAAAGGCUGAGCGGCAAGCAUACAAACCCCCCCACCCCCGUAGUAACCCUCCAUCUCCUCACCUUCCUGUGUCCCCAAAACAUUUGAUGCUGAUGUGUGUCAUUUCUUGCCAGUCCUCUGAACUCUACUUGCUGGGCAGGUACAUGCACAGGGAAGGAACCUGUUGGCCACCCACAAGCCCACAGCUGCUAUCUUAGACCCUCCUCCCUGACAGCAACCGUCACCUACUUCUACUCACUGGCAAUAAUUAACGACAUACUGAGCGACAUUUUUACAAAUUUAACCCAACAGAAAGUGGAUUCUAAUCUGCUUUUGGAAGUACUCUUUAUCCACAACUAAGUCUAAAUGUAUUUAUAUUAUGAUAUUAAAGGACUUUUCUAAUGACUGGAAGGUACUAAACCAUUAAAAAAAAAAAAAAAAAAAAAAAAAAAAAAAAAAAAACCUGUGGGUGGGUCAGGUAAAAUGUGACAUCCCAAGUCAUAUUUUUCCCUUCAGGUAAGCAGGCUGCACCUGCCACCUGCCACCCGUGCUUUGGCCUGGUUCUACACCUAGACCUUUUAGGGGCAACCACGACACAUGCCACCUUCCUGGCAGCCCUGGCUGGCUUGCUGACCCAGCUAGAAUACAACUCUCUUGGCUGGUGCUUGGGAUGGAAUCUGGUGUCUUCAGCCUAGCAUGAGAAGUAAGAUGGACCCUUGAGUCCAUACCUCACCCAAGAAGACUGCACCCGUGUUGUUUACAGGGACAGAAAAGAGUCCCAAACUGGGAGGAGACGUAGGCAUGAGGUAGAGAAAACCAUCACCUCAUAGACGUAUGCGACUCCUGUAAAAGGUAGAGAAAUCAACUUAAAUUCUAGGCCUCAUGUGUUGCAGUUGUUUUUGACUCUCAGUAGAUUUUACAAACACUCAUGGAAAACACUGAAGUCACCUCUUUCCUAUCUGGAUUAUUCAAAGAGCCCCACUCACUCCAGGUUCCUGCUGGCUAUGCACAACAUUUCAGUGGAUGGCAGACAAAACUAUUUUUCUAACUAACCUAAGCACAGGUAACUUGGGGUGAGGAAGCUCAGAACAUGCCUUAGGCAGAUGGCAAGGUGGGGCACCUGGGGGGAAGAGGGGGAAGCUAUGCACUUGACUUUCUCUAACCAGUGGAUGGUUUGUGCCAGAAGGAGCACACAUUGAGUAUUCAAAUAGCAAAAUUGCUUGUUAACGUAAUGUGCGACUUCACUGUAGGGGGUUACCCUGUCAAGAAUACAGACAUCUGCAAGUACAGUGUGAGCCGAUUUCUUGACAAUCCGAUGUGUCAACCCCUGGAAAUGGGCAGCACAACUCCUAGGUCCACAUGGUUGAUGUGAAUAUAAUUAGGUAGUGAAAUUGUCUGGCAUGUACCUCUAUGCCAAUAGUGUACACCUGUAUGUGUGCAAUUUGCUAAUAUAACCGUUUCAAUAAAACUCUGUUG